AUGAGGCUCCAAAAUGUUGAAUUUGGUGAAGACUUGAUCAACUUAAAGUCUUUUUCUGAAUGGAUAGCAAGCAUAGGGGAUGGAACAAUUGGCGGUCUGAACGACAGUAAUGCAGUUAUUGAUAUACUAGAUGACCUGUUGUUGAAUGCAUUUGAUGAUCCUGUUGCCUCAAUCGUGAACAACACGUAUCCGAACUUUACUUCUAAUGUUAAUGAAACUGAAUAUCUUCAAGGUAGAGCUAUACUAGCACCGACUCUUGAUGUUGUGGAGGCUGUCAAUGAGUACAUGAUUUCACUUAAUGCAGCUGAGGCAAAAACAUACUUAAAUUCAGACACAACUUGCAGAUCAGAUUGCAAUGUUGAUCUUUUACAAAACCUUCACACGCCUGAAUUUUUAAAUGCAAUUAGGUGCUCUGAUGUGCCGAACCAUGAAUUGAAGCUAAAGGUUGGCACUUCGAUUAUGCUGUUGAGAAGCAUAGAUCAUUCUGUGGGGUUAUGCAAUGGCACUAGGUUGGUUAUCACAAGAACCGGAAACCAUGUUCUUGAGGCAAAAAUUAUGACAGGUAGCAAUGCUGGACAUAAGGUUCUUAUUCCAAUGAUGACAUUGACUCCAUCUGACCCUAGGCUGCCUUUCAGACUACGAAUGAGGCAAUUCUCUCUUAUUGUGUCGUACGCAAUGACAAUCAACAAAAGUCAAGGUCAAUCACUAUCUCAUAUUGGGUUGUACUUGAAGAAACCAGUUUUCAAUCACGAACAAUUAUACGUAGUUGUUUCUAGAGUUACAAAUCGCAAAUGA